GGCUAUCUCGGCCAUGAUGUGCUAUCACAAGCAGAUCGUGAGUCUGGGCAUCACUUGGGAUUGAUCCAUUACGACAAUGAAGUCCUUCUGGGAAUGGACAAGAUGACGGGAGCCAAUCGUCGACGCCAUUGACACCACUUCAUCAGCCUUGAUCUUCUUUCCAUUCAACGGGCGGCAUUAGAUGAACCAAAGACCAACCCGUUCUUGAGACGAACACCAACACAAUGGCCGCAAUCGCUUGUACCAUACGGCCCGCCGUGCCUGAGGACAUACCAGCCAUCAACCAGAUCCACAAACACUACGUUCGCAACACCGUCAUAACCUUCAUCCUCGAACCCAACACAGACGAGGAAACACUUGCAGCCUACCACAAAAUCAAAAACGAAGGCCUCCCGUAUCUCGUAGCCGUCGACAACACCACCAACAAAGUCCUCGGUUACACCUACGUCUCUUCCUUCCGAGCGAAAGCUGGCUACCGCCACACGCUCGAGCUCAGCUUGUUCUGCGACCACACCCAAGUCCGCAAAGGCGUCGGCGCGCAGCUGCUGAGUCGACUGGUGGAUGUGCUGAAGCACCCGGAGCAGUGGGAGGGGUAUUACCAAGGCUCGAGGCUGAUUGAGUACAGACCGAGGCAGCUAAUGGCGUGCAUGGCGAUUGAUAUCGACAUGCCGGGUGCAGGCUGGAAGUUGCGCGACUGGUAUGUUCGACAUGGCUUCCAGCAGACGGCGCAUUUGAAGGAGGUUGGGCGGAAGAAGGAAAGGUGGAUCGAUACCGUUUUCUUGCAGCUUGCUUUGAGGGAGUAGAGGUCUGGAUAAUCAUGUUCGAUUGACAGAUCUGCACUCGCCUCAAGGAAGCAUGCCUGGCAUGCGAAAGGUCGCUUGUCGCGUCGUUAGCUUCCACUUCCA